GGUAGCUUCAAGUUGCUGCUUUUCUGCUCCGAAAAUGUCUGCAACAAUCCCGAGACAGACGUUUUUAAACCCGGUGAUUCCCUUCGCUGGGACGAUCCUGGGCGGGCUGUUGCCGGGGGAGAUGGUUCUCAUCCAGGGCUCGGUGCCGUCUGAUGCCGACAGGUUCCAGGUAGACCUGACGUGUGGCAGCAGCGUGAAGCCUCGAGCUGACGUAGCGUUCCACUUCAACCCGAGGUUCAGCAAGUCGCAUGUCGUGGUCAACUCUCUGGUGGGCGAGCGCUGGGGCCAAGAGGAGAUCCUCCACGCCAAACCCUUCGCUGUCGGCAAACCGUUCGAACUCAUCGUCCACGUGCUCCAAGACGUGUUUAAGGUGGCGGUGAACGGAGAUCACGUUCUGGAGUACAAACACCGCGUGGAGCUGGAGCGGGUCGACACCGUGUCCAUCUCUGGGAAGGUCCAUGUGGGAGCUGUGGGCAUCCUGGCCAACACUGUUGAAGUGAUGACCAAAGUCAGCGUGCCCAAUCAGGAGCAACCACAGGUCAGCGUGACCAAUCAGGAGCAACCACAGCCAGUAAUCUCCUUUACAGGCAACUUGACUAUUCCCUUCAGAAAGGAGCUGGAGGAAGGUCUGGCUGUUGGACGCAGCAUCACUAUUAAAGGAGUAGCCAAUCACAAAGAUCAGAGUGUGAUUGUGAACCUGAGAGUGUCCGGCAGCAAAGACAUCGCUCUUCAUCUCAACCCUUGCCUGAAGAAGGAGGUCUUCGUCAGGAACUCCUUCAUCUCUGGCUGCUGGGGCCCCGAGGAGACCAAGCUGGACUCCUUCCCCUUCACAGCUGGGGGGUACUUUGAGAUGAUCGUCCUGUGUGAGUCUCAGCAGUACCGCGUGGCCGUUAACGGGCAGCACCAGCUGGACUACAAGCACCGGGUCCAGGACCUGAGGCGCAUCACACAGCUGGAGGUCCUGGGAGACGCCGCGCUGCACGCCGUCAUCCUCCAAUGAACCGCCGCGCUGCACGCCACGCUGCACGCCACGCUGCACGCCACGCUGCACGCCGUCAUUCUCCUCUGAUGGCUCAGUGGAUAUGACCCAUGCCUCAUCAACCAAUGUGUCUCUGAGCAAGGCACUU